GCCGGGUGGGUUGGCUAGCUGCUGGAGCUCGGACACGGUGCACGGGCGUGCCGGCCGGCAGAAGGCUGGCGCGCUGGAGCAGGCGCGUAGAGGAUUGAAGUGCCUGGCCGGGCUCUCCUCGCCUCGCCUCUCCUCCGUUCCUUAAAACUCCUGUGCGCUGGGCGCUGCUUUCUGACAGGCAUCACAUGGCCGCGCGCACCAACACCCUCGCAAUGAUCAGCUCCUCACAUGGCCUUGUGAUGCAGCGGCCGAUGGAUGGAUGCAGGACCAGGGACACGCCUUGACCCACACAACACACCAUGCCGGUGCACCCCCCCCCCCCCCUCUCUCUUAUUUCAACCCCAUCACACACGCACCCAAGCUAGCCAGAGCCAGCCUCUCUUCUUUUCUUAAAUCCACAGGCCUCCCCUUCCCUCCUCACGAGAGCCUGCAUGGCGCAGCGAUGAUAACAUUCCUCUGAACUCGCUCAUCCCAGAGAGAGAGAGAGAGAGAGAGAGAGAGAGAGAGAGAGAGAGGAGAGCUCUGCUCCAACUUCUAUAUCUGAUUGGUAGAUAUGCUGCUUCUCGCAGCCUUGCUUGCGCUCUGAUUGGUUCUUCCUCUGGUUCCGAAGCUUCUCUUGCUCUGCUUUGUGCUGCACUGUGGCCUAGCUUUCGCUUGCACCUGAAGCAGCCUUGCUUGCGCUCUGAUUGGUUCUUCCUCUGGUUCUCUUGCUCUGCUUUGUGGUGCACCGUGGCCUAGCUUUCAGUUGCACUUGAAUGUGAUGUGGUGAUCUUCUUGGGCGUACUUCGUUCGGCGCCUGAUCGGAGCCUGAAAGAUGCCGGCGAGGAUGCGCGGCGCAUUCUCCGACGACAUGCCGGAGCUCGACCGGCAAAUGGGGUGCAUGGCCGGCAUAUUCCAGAUCUUCGACCGCCAGCGACUGAUCACUGGGAGUGGGAGGCGCGGCGGCCGGCAAGCGCAGAAGAGGCUGCCUCCACCUCCAGCUCCAGGCAAUUCUCUUACAAAGAGCAGCAACAAAGUUCCAGUUCAAAGUUCAAGUACCUCAAAGAUCAUUCUGGAGAAAACAUUCAGCAAAUGUACGACCGAGAACAGUAGCCUUUCAAUAGAAUCAUCAAGAGCUUCUUCUUCCUCCUCUUCAAGCUCAUCCUUCUCGUCACAUGAUGGCAACAAAUCGAUCCAACAGGAGCUUCCUUACAUCAACGAGGAGCUCUUUGUGCAGAGAUCACUGAAGAGCUCGCCAAGUUUUAAGGGAACUGACAUGAACACUAAGUCUGAACAUCCUAAUGUUGGUUUCAGACAAAUCGUGAAGGACUCUAUCAACCGGGACUCUGGAGGCCUAACUGUAAAAACCUCGGUGCAGGAGGGAAGGAGAAAUGGGCAGUACAAGGACUCACCAAGGCCACUGCUGCUCUCCAAAUCAAUGGAUGGAACCUAUGUUAUUGGUAUCGAUAGGACUAGGAGCACAAAGGUUCCUGCAAAUGUCACUGAAUCUAGCAGGUGUUUCCAGGAGCAGUCACGCUUCUCGUGUGAUGACCGAAAACUCCUGCGGCCAGCUGAAACCCAGGAAAGCAAGAGGCCUUCCACAAGGCUCAAGGAGCUUCCUAGAUUGUCUUUGGACAGCAGGAAAGAAUCUAUGAGUCCAAGCUCACGCCUGAAGAACUCAAGUUACAAGAGAACUGAUGAUACACUUCUAGAUGCUUUGAAGCCUCAAGACUCCCCGAGCCACAGGAGAGCCAACAGUGUCAUUGCCAAGCUGAUGGGGUUGGAAGAAGCAACAAUUGCUACCGGGGUGCUAAUUGCUGGUGACUAUGAGCCUUCAAGAUCACCGCGACCUGCGCAAGUCACUCAAAAUGAGCAGCCAUCACGUUCCCCAAGAAGCACUUGCCAGGAUUCCUGUGUGUUGCAGCUGAAGAACGAGUCUUCAGUACUCAAAACCAAGCCUUCCCCAAGAAUUCUUACUGAAGCAGCUCCUUGGAGGCAGCAGGAGAGAGGUGCCAGCAACAUCAAGGCACUGCAAUGUCGAGAAGCUGAAGUGAGGCCAAGAAAUGCGUCUGUCUAUGCUGAUAUAGAGAGGAGGCUCGGGGGUCUUGACUUCUUAGAGUGUAACAAGAACUUCAGAGCUCUCAGAAUACUUGGUUCAUUGCAUGCAAAGGAUGUUAAGCGGCAGAAUGACAACAAUGCUGGAUCAGUGGCUGUUCAGAGGACAGGAGAUGAUCCAACCACCAACUCCGGAAUCUUCCAGCCUCCCAUUGUGGUCAUGAAGCCUGCAAGAACCACAGGGAAGCCAGGGGUUUCACUUUCUUCGGUUGCUCCCAUUGCAGGUCUCAGAAGCCUCAGAAAGUUGCCGCCCAGAGAUCUACCUAUCACUGGCAAGAAUGAGAUCGGCACUAACGAGAAGAACCAUUCUCGGAUGGCAAGAGCUCAAACAAGGUCUGAAGAACCUGUCAGCAGUGCAAGCUCACCGAGGCCUACAGGCUCAUCAAGCCCCAGACUGGUGCAAAGGAAGGCAGAGUCUGAAAGAAGGUCUCGUCCACCGGUCUCACCAAAAUCUCCAAGUAAGAAGUCCAAUGAAGCUGCCUCCCCAAGAGGAAGAACAAGAUCAAAGCCUUCUCAAGUGAAGAGCCACCAUGACAACGAGAUCUUGCAGAGUACAGGAAGCAGAAUUAGCUUGGCGAAGCAAGUCGACAUCAGUAUUAUGGAUUGUCAAAAGCCUCUGAGUGUCAGCUCAUCGUUUGGUCAGCCAAGCAACACUGCUGCAACAUCAAGUCACAAGAGCCCUUCAGUUCUGACAUCAGACCAGAAUAGUCAUUCACUGGACAACAUCCCGAGCCCCGUCUCUGUCCUUGACACAUCCUUCUAUCAUAAAAGGAUCUCAGAUUCGUUCACAGAUGGCGAGACACAUUCUUCAGAUGAGUGCUGGAACCCAAACAGCGUGCCUGACACCCCACAGUCGAAGACGAGCAGUGAAGUCAACCAGAUUAAACCAGAAAACUUGGGAGCCCUCAUCCAGAAGCUUGAGCAGUUGCAAUCAUUGAAUGAUGAAGCUGCAAAAGCCAAAGAACUCAUGGCAUCAAGCACUGCAAACAAAGAUCACCAGUAUAUCUAUGAAAUACUCGUAGCAUCUGGUCUUCUACACAAAGAGCUUACAUUCGCAGCAAUCCCUGGCCAGCUCCGACCAUCCAGUUAUCCAAUCAAUCCGGAGCUCUUCAUCAUUCUUGAACAAACAAAGGCAGACUUUGUUUCAGGAAUUCAAGCUGUCAGUGCAGCUAAGAAAAGUACUAAGCCUUACACAGGAAAGCUUCACCGAAGACUUGUGUUUGACCUGGUAAACGAAAUCAUAGCUCAGAAGAUGAACAUCUGCGGGUUUGCAACUCGAUCAGUAAAGUUUCUUCAAUCAAGGAAGUUAAGUGGAUGGCAACUGUUCAAGGACUUGUGCACUGAGGUUGACAGGCUCAUAAAAUUCUCCGAAGAGGGUGAGGAUGAAAACAUGCACGCUGAGGAUGCACUCAAUGGAAUGGAAGACUGGAGGAGCUUUGACACUGAGCUAAAUGGCAUGGUUUUGGAUAUUGAAAGAUCCAUCUUCAAGGACCUUAUCGACGAGGUCGUAGGUGGUGAGGCUACAGAGAAGAUGCAAUUUGGACAAUGGAAGCUGCGGAGGCAGCUGUCUUUCAGUAGUAUAAACUGAAUAUGGUUGAUAGCUGUUGUUUCCAUUAAGAAUCUUAGCCAGUAGUAGAUGUAACCUUUUGUAUUUUGCUGAAGACUAAACUGUAGAAGGAAUAUAAAUGAUCCUCAACAGUAGUCUCGCUGCCAUCGACACUAGAUGAAGCAAGCAAAUGAAUAUAUGAUAUUCUUCAUAAA